UUCCCUUUCUUCUUCUUCUUCCCCCGCUCUGCUUAUUCGCCCAGCCCUGCCCGGGCCCGUCUCCUGCCGCCGAAUCGCCUGGCGGAGCGCUGCGAAGUGCGAAUCCCCGCGUGCGAGAUGCCAGUGAAUUUCAAAGAAGUUGCUAUGUAUUUUCCAGAGGAUCAAGACCUGAUGUCGGAUAUAAAUCAAAGGAGUCUCUACGAAAGUGGCAUGCAGGAGAAUGCAGGUGGUGGGCAGAUCCAUGAGAAGAAGGAAGAUGUGUUAGGGCAAAACUAUAACCAAAAUCAACAAACUGGAACAUCCCCGGGCGCGGCGGGCAAAGUGGUUUCCUUGUUUUUUGAGGAAGGAGAGCCAACAGUGAAGCAUCUCAACCCAGAGAGGCAACGGCAAUACCAUUUAGCAAAGAGAAGAGAUAGCUCUGCGGCUUACACCCAGGUCCCCCAGCCUCCGGGCCAGGGUGCAUCAGGAAAGACAAGGCGCAGAUCCAAGAUCCCAAGAACCUGUAAUGAAUGUGGGAAGACGUUCGCUCAGGCGUCCAACCUCCUGGCCCAUAAGCGGAUCCACACGGGCGAGAAGCCCUAUAAGUGCGUCCACUGCGGGAAAAGCUUCACCGAAAGGUCGAAUCGCAACCGUCAUCAGAGGACCCACUCGGGACAAAAGCCCUACAAUUGUCUUGACUGCGGAAAGAGCUUCAGCUUCAGGUCCGACCUCAUCCGACAUGGGAUCACCCACACGGGAGAGAGGCCGUACAAAUGCUCGGAUUGUGGGAAAAGCUUCAGCCAUGCCUCAACCCUCAUUCGGCAUGAGAACAUCCACACGGGGGAGAAACCUUACUCCUGCGCGGACUGCGGGAAAUGCUUCACCCAAAGCUCAUCCCUUCUGGCGCACAAACGGCUGCACACCGGAGAGACGCCGUUCAUCUGCCCCAUUUGUGGGGAAAGCUUCAAUUGGAAGUCGCAUCUGGUGACGCACAAGCGGACCCACACUGGGGAACGCCCGUAUAAGUGCGGCAAGUGCGAGAAAAGCUUCAUCGAGAAAUCCAAACUCAACCGGCAUCAGAGGACCCACGCGGAGAAGGAACUCUAUGGAUGUGGGGAGUGCGGGAGAAUCUUUAGCCUCCGAUCCAACCUGGUCCGGCAUGAAACCGCUCACCGAGCGGCGAAAUCCCACAACUGUUUGAGCUGCGGGAAAAGUUUCAACCAGGCGGCGAAACUGAUGCGGCAUGAAAGGGUCCACACGGGAGAGAAGCCCUACUCCUGCUCAGGCUGUGGGAAAAGUUUCAGCCAGACCUCUGAACUCCUGCGGCACGAAAGGAUCCACACCGGAGAGAAGCCGUACAAAUGCUCGGCCUGCGGGAAGUGCUUCAAUCGCAAAUCACACCUCAGCACUCACGAAGCAACCCACUUAGCUGACCUGCCACGUGGAGGGCUACAAAUCAGGAGAGUCUAUGACAGCAGCUCACUCUUUAUUGCAGGGCUGAGUCCCCACCAGCAGACCCACGCAGAGGGACAGGCGUAUUCGGGCUCAGAAAGUGAAAAAGACUACAGCCACAGUUCGAUCUUCAUUGCGGGGCUGAACCCCAGCAGGCCCACCCAUGUAGGUGACCAGCUGCAUGAAUGGCCCAACAGCGAGACCAGUUACGGCCAUUGUUCACUCCUAAUCACUGGAGUCAAUCCACAAGAAGGCACUCAGGCAGAGGAGCCCCUGUUUCAAUGUCUGGACAGAGAGACCAGCUACACUCGUAGCCCGUUGUUUAAAAGCAUCAUGAACCCACACCAGGUGGCCCUUUCGGGAGGCCAAUCAAUUUCCUGCGUGGACCGCGAGAAAAAUUGCAGCGACCCCUCGCUUUUCCAGAAGGAGGACAAACUGUUUAAAUGUUCCGAAUGUGGAAAGAGCUUCAACUGGCAGUCUCAUUUCACUCGGCACAAAAGAAUUCACACGGGAGAAAAGCCGUACUGUUGCACGGACUGUGGGAAAAGUUUCAACCGCAGGUCACACCUUGUUCGACACAGCAGGACCCACAACGGACUGAGCCUGUACUCUCAGACUGUUGAAGAAUCCUCAGUUCAGGACCUGGUUUUCUUAAACCCAAGAGAAUCAAUGCAGGAGCGAACGGUGAUUAACACACAGAGUGUGGGGGCUUCCUCCUUCCUUCCUUGCACGAGGUUACCGCCUGGAAACCUCACAAUCCUGCCUGCUGAACCCACUCAGGAACUGAAGAGACUAUUAACCUGGAAAAAAAUUGAGUAUGUGGAGCUCAUACUCAAUGAUACACUCUACAAAAAGGUCAAGGGAAAAGGUUAUUUGCAAAUUCAGAAAAAGAUGGAAGUACCUGGAAAUCAAUGGAGAGGACAGUUGGAUAACCAGGUGUGGCAAGCAGUCAUGCAAGACUCGCUCUGUGAAGAAGGAAAGAGUAGCUUGAAUGAAAACAUCAUCCAAGAAGGGAUCCAACAUAUUUUUGACCUCCCCAAUAAACCAAGAAUAUCAGUGGUGGAAAAGCCCCACGGAGCUACAGGUGGUGAGGAUAGUAUGGAUUGCAAAUCGCAACUGAUGGUGCAUGAAAGUAUCCACGUUAGAGAAAAGCGAAAUAUAUGUUCUACAUGUGGGAAAUUGUUUUGCUACAGCCCACGCCGUUUUGAGGAUAAAAUGACACUCACCGAAGGGAAUACGUACCAAUGCUCGGAAUGUGACAAGAACUUUUGCAAGGACGCCACCCUAGCAAUACACCGGAGGACUAACACAGAGGAGAAACAGUAUGUAUGUCUGGAUUGUGGGAAAACUUUCAAUCGUAAUUCCCACCUGGUGAUACACCAAAGGACUCACACAGGAGAGAAACCUUAUGAGUGUCCAGAUUGCGGGAAAAGUUUCAGUCGGAAGUCCAACUUGUUGAUACAUAAGAGAAUUCACACAGGGGAGAAACCGUAUAGCUGUCAGGAUUGUGGGAAAAGUUUCAGCCGGAAUUCUAACCUGGUGACACACGAGCGGACUCAUACAGGAGAGAAACCAUAUGAAUGUCAAUAUUGUGGUAAAUGUUUCAGCCAAAAUUCCCACCUUGUGAUACACCAGAAGAUUCACACUGGAGAGAAACCAUAUGAGUGUCUGGAAUGUGGGAAAAGUUUCAGUUGGAAUUCCCAUCUGGUAAUACACCAAAGAACACAUACUGGUGAGAAACCAUAUGGGUGUCCUGUUUGUGGGAAAACUUUCAGCCAGAAAUCUGAUCUGAUGAUGCACCAGAGGACUCACACGGGGGAGAAACCAUAUAAAUGUCCUCUUUGUGGGAAAACUUUCAAUCGGAAUUCCCACCUGCUGAUACACCAGAAUACACACACCGGAGUGAAACCAUAUGAAUGUCUAGAAUGUGGGAAAACAUUCAGUCAGAGUUCCCACCUGUUGAUACACCAGAGGUCUCACACAGGAGAGAAACCAUAUGAGUGUCAGGAAUGUGGGAAAGGUUUCAGUACUAGGUCUAACCUUAUAAAUCAUUUAGGUUUGCACACAGGGGAGAAACCUUUCAAAUGCCUAGAGUGUGGACGGUGCUUUACACAAUAUUCCUGCCUUGCUGCACACAAAAAAAUCCACAUGAGGCAGAAAGCGAUGACCGUAGAGAAGUCUUGAAUAUAAUUUCUAAUUUUCCAUUGGAAAAGCAAUUGAGAAAUUAAGUAUUAAAUGUCUAGCAUCCUUCACUGUAGUCAAAUGUAUCUCAGUAGUAGGCAUAACGGAGGAGAGAAUUUGAAAAAUAUUGGUUUGGUAAAAGGUAACACUUCGUAUCUGGAUAUAAGAAAACUUACUGGAUAUUCCCUUGUGCAGAGGUCAUGCAAUUCUACAAAAAGGCUUUGGGAGUCAUUUUUUGCACACUGAUCAUCAUAAGCCAUAGAAAUGCUACAUAGGGAAUUUCAGAUUUCUUCAACAUAGGUGACAACCCUGAAGUUGGCUGAACUGUGGCCAUUUUCUUUUUGUUAGUCUCUAGGGAGGUUUCAUUUUUCACUGCUUCAGGGCUGACACAGUCUGGAGUGAUGGGGGUGGGGGGGUUGUAGAGAUUAGCUGGGGUGUUGUAGUCAUAAUAAAUUCCCCCUCCCCCUGGGAAUCAAGGACGUUCCUGCAGGUGUCUGCAGGGUGGAGACUGAGGUCACAUAGCAAUGGGGCUGUAUGCUGAUUGGACCAUGUGACUGAGAUUGGGGAUGGGAUAAUUUUUUACUUUUAAUUGGGGGGGGGGGAACUGGCGCCAACUUAGAGCCGGUUUUCCACCAGGAAAAUGGCAAUUUGAUAUGUCCUAAUAAAAAUUUUCUUUGAGGAAA